UGUGUUCGCGCCUCGGCCGCCAUUUUGGGAGUCAAAAGCCCCGCCAGGCUGCUUGCUAGCUAGCGCGGCUAGCUGGCGGAGCUCCGCGCACUCCCCGCCGCCUUUGCUAUGGUUCAUACGUGCGUGGUGGCCGGCUGCAGGAACCGAAGGACUCCCGGCACCAGCCUGUCCUUCUACCGCUUCCCCCGGGACGCCGAGAGAAAGCAGCGGUGGAUAGCGGCCGUCAACCGCCAGGGUUGGCUGCCCAACGACGGCAGCCGCCUGUGCAGCACGCACUUCAUCUCCGGUAAACAAGUGAAGAACCCUCGUUCUCCGGACUAUGUUCCUUCCAUCUUCACUGCUGAGAUGAAGGAGCCCGGUCCACCGGAGGCGGCAGCAGACAAGCAGGAAGCGCGGGUGGAGGCCGCCAACGCCCUAUUGUUCCUGCAGCGCCAAGGCGGGUCCGGACCCAACGAGCCGAGUCCCAAGGAGAGCGAGGCCAACGCGGAGGGCAGCGCGUCGUCCUCCAUGAGCGCCGACGACGAGGACGAAGACGACGAGUCCACCAGCGACGGAAAGGACGAGGCAUUCGCCCGCACCUCCGACCUGGACGACCUCCUCAAGGCGCUGAGGCGCGAGAACCGAGCGCUGAGGGAGUCCGUGGAAAAGAUGUCCUUGUCGGAGAGCUCCCUGAGGAACGACGCCGAGAAGGUGAAGUUUUACACGGGCUUGCCCAACUUCUUCGUGCUGGAGACGGUCAUGCUGCUCCUGGCGCCGCACAUGGACGCCAUCAGGAACAUGAAGCUGUCCAAGUUCCAGCAGCUCCUGCUCACACUCAUGCGUCUCCGCCUGGACCUGCGCAACCAGGACCUGGCCUACCGCUUUGGCGUGAAGGUGGGCACCGUGGUCAGGACGGUGCACCACAUGGUCAACAUCAUGUCUUCCACCCUGGUGCCCACCGCCGUUUUCUGGCCCUCUCGAGCCGAGCUGAGGAAAAACCUUCCGCUGGCCCUCCGCGCCUCCUGCCCGGACUGCGCCGUCAUCGUGGACUGCUUCACCGUGCCUUGCGAGGGCCCGGUUGCCAGCGGCAACAAGCCCCAGCAGGGGGCGGCGGUCGCUUGUAACGUCUUGAACUACCUGAUCGGCGUGGCCCCGCAGGGCGUGGUCACCUUCGUCUCCAGGGGCAUCCUGGGAAACGUCAGCCCUCGCGAUCUGGCAGAGAGCUGCGGCUUUCUGAGCAAGCUCCUCCCGGGCGACGUGGUCUUGGCCGGCCGGGACUUGGACAUUUCCGACGCCGUGGCCGCCCGCGGCGCCCGCUUUGGGACAGCGCAGGGCUCCCUGGCGGCGGACGUGCAGGCCCACGUGGAGCGGGUGGUGUCCAUGGUGCGGCGGCGGUACGCCAUGCUCACCGGGCCCGUGGAGAGUCCCUUCGCCUCGGCCGCCGAGCGCACGUCCAACAUGUCCACCUUUGACAAGAUCGUGCAGGUGGCCUGUGCCUUAAACAACCUCUGCAUCUCCGCCGCGCCGCUCGAGUGACACCGCUUCCUUCCUUCCUUCCCGUUUGGCGAGCAGGAGACCAAAAUAUCCCUGGCACCUCCCAUGUAGCAGAGAGCUUGUGCUUUCUUUUCAGGCACUUUUGUAGUCCUCCUUUUCUAUUGGACGUCAUAAAGACACACUAGCCCCGCCCCUCUCCAAGGACUGUUUCUGGCGUGACGUUGGAUAGAAGGUCCAGUGUGCCUUGUGUUGUCGAGACGCUUUAAUCAAACACUCUUCUGUCGUAUGCAAUCUUCACAUCUUCUCCAACAUCUUUUUCUCAACACCAAGCAAAACUCAUGCCAGCUGCGAGCUGGCCCAUCUAGUACGGAUCAAAAUGUCACGCUACCGUAUUGUCACCGUGCACUUUUUGGGGGGGAAUUGUGCCUAUCCUUCGCAAUCGUGAGAGACAAGACGCCAAAAGUUGUUGUUCUUUGCAUUCUAGCGUGUAAAAAUCAGCUCGUGGAUAGCAAUGCAGCUAAUGUUAGCAAUCAAUUCUACCUCUAAAUCGCUUUAAAAAUGCAUUUAAAAACCACCGACAAUUAAUUUAUGUUCUGUAACCUGUUUAAUAACCGAGCUGUUGCAACAUUGUUAUUGUCCAACACUGAGGAAGUUUUUUUUCUAGCGUAGUAACACAUCGGCGUGCUACGGUAUUAGCCGUGAGUGAGUGACGGCAAGAUACGUCGGUGCCCGAAAGGCUUUCGAGUUUGUAACGCUCAACACAAUGUGAUAGGACACCAAUCUGUACUGACUGAAAAACAUAAAUAAUCAUAUUAGUAUCUGUAAAGUAUUAUUUACUGUUUUGUUUGUACACAGCUAGCUGGACUCUGUAUGUACUGUAAUAACACGCAUGACGUGCUGCCUGUGUUUAAUGUUGUCUGUUUGGUCCAGCUGGCCCCAAGACAUUUUUUUCCAGUUUUAUUUUGGGUAAGCACUCCAUUUAUGUCCAAAUAGCUUGUCUCCAAGUUUCAUAUUUAUACCGUCAAAGUCACACCGACCUCACUUAUUCAGCUUCCGUCUGCUCCAACGUCUCACUCUUCCCUUCGUGCUCAAGUCUGCCAUGAUUACAAAACACACGCAAGCAGGAACACGCAUUUGUUGCCGGAAGUCGGAAGUGCGUCCCAGCGUAAGAAAAAAUGCACCGGCAAUGAUUAAAAUGAUCAAAAUAUGAUUAACAUUGUA